UGGGGGAGGGGGGCGAGGCCGGUGCAGUUGCUCUCACCUGCUUGCCACGGCUCGAUCCCGGCUCGGAGCAGCGGCGGCGCGGGCUUCCGCUGUCCGCUGGCUGAGGACCUUCCGCUCCCCCUUGGUCCCGCGUGGGCUCCGAAUCCUGUCCGCGGCAGGGGCCAGCGGCCCCUCCCCUCCCCUCCGAGGAUAGAAGAUGAGCUUCCUCUUUAGUAGCCGCUCUUCUAAAACAUUCAAACCAAAGAAGAAUAUCCCUGAAGGAUCUCAUCAGUAUGAACUCUUAAAACAUGCAGAAGCAACUCUAGGAAGUGGGAAUCUGAGACAAGCUGUUAUGUUGCCAGAGGGAGAGGACCUCAAUGAAUGGAUUGCGGUUAACACUGUGGAUUUCUUCAACCAGAUCAACAUGUUAUAUGGAACUAUCACAGAAUUCUGCACUGAAGCAAGCUGUCCAGUCAUGUCUGCAGGUCCAAGAUAUGAAUAUCAUUGGGCAGAUGGUACUAAUAUUAAAAAGCCAAUCAAAUGUUCUGCACCAAAAUAUAUUGACUAUUUGAUGACUUGGGUUCAGGAUCAACUUGAUGAUGAAACUCUUUUUCCUUCUAAAAUUGGUGUCCCAUUUCCUAAAAACUUUAUGUCUGUGGCAAAGACCAUUCUAAAGCGUCUGUUCAGGGUUUAUGCCCAUAUUUAUCACCAGCACUUUGAUUCUGUGAUGCAGCUGCAGGAGGAGGCCCACCUCAACACCUCCUUUAAGCACUUUAUUUUCUUUGUUCAGGAGUUUAAUCUGAUUGAUAGGCGUGAGUUGGCACCUCUUCAGGAAUUAAUUGAGAAGCUUGGAUCGAAAGACAGAUAAAUUUUUCUUCUAGAACAGUUACCCUCUUGCUUCAUGUACUGCUAGAGCUAUCUCAUUGCUUUCUGUUAUAAACUAGUUAUACAAACUUUAAGAAAACAAGAUAAAAAGACACCUAUUUUCUGUGUCUGCUGAUAAAAUUGUCCCAAAGGUAGGUUGGCCUAAUACCUUCAGAGUGAGAAAUUCAGGACACAGCUGAAUCUGAGGCACUGUGUGACCACUGCUGUUACUGCCAUAGAGCCAUACUUGGUUGUAGAAUGUGAGGACUAACCUAUAGUUUAUUAGUUUACUUAUUCUUUUACUGAAGAUGAUCGACUCUGUUUCAGGUGACAGCAUGAUGGAUAUUAAGAAUUUCCAAUAAUUUAUUAACAGGUUUCCAGAACAAAUUUCCUAAUAAUGCAAUCACAGAUCAGUUUUAUUCUGCUUUUAUUUUACAAAUAGAAGAGGUGUUCUAAAAUUUCCUUACGAUUUAGAACAUUUGUGUCACUUUGGAUAACGUUGUAGUUUGAAGUUUGUAUGCUAGUGUUUUUAUAGGUAAGAUUAUAUAUAUAUGUAUAUUUUUUCAAAAUCCAUGAUUGCAGUUUAAAUCAUCAUAUGACAUGUGGUAUGGGAGUAACCAAAGUUAUUUCUAAAAGGACUUUAUUUUUUAACCUUUAUUUUAAUCUUUAUUUGGGAUUUUAUUCACAUAAACCUAUCUAAAUUUUUAGUGUGUGUGUAUCAAAUAAUUUUUUUAAGGCAUCUAAGGAUCGUCUUGCAGAUUUUUAUUUUGAAAUGCUUCAUUCAGAUUAAUUUUAAUAUGUAGGUUUUGUCUGAGAAAAGGAAAACUUCCAAAAAAUAUGACAGAUUUGGGUCUCAAAAACCAUUAUUUUCAUUCAUGUUUGUUUCAGAGGCCUUAAAAUUUGGAUAGGAGAAUGGAAGAAAGUACUUAGAGUACUUGACUAUUUUAUUUUGAGUUUUCCUUUAAAAAGAAACUACUUUUAUAUGUUUUUAUUGUGACUUGAGACUUAGUUAAGUGUAGUGUAGAAAUGCACGAACCUUAUCCCAAUAAGGAUAAAACGUAAGGAAAACCACAAUAAAAAACCUUGACGGUGUACACAUUUUAUAACCCAGCUAAAAGUUUGAUGUGCUGCCUGUUCUUUAAUGUGUGUGUGUGUUGGGCGAGGAGGGGUAAUAUGUUUAAAGGAGACAAAAUGGGAUAAGUAAAAAAAAAAAAAAAAACUUCAUUCUGUUAAUAGUCAAAGGAUGGAUUGGGAUUUUAUUCUGUUUUGUUUCUGUAUUAAAACUUGAAAUCAUUCUGUUUCUAUUGGGAUAAAAAGAAUCUUCUCCUUUAGUGAAGAAAAGAUCUUAUUUUCCUUAGGUUUCUAAGAUUCAGACUGUUUAAAAUGUAAUGAGGCACACAUAUUACUAAAGACUUGCCAGACUGGCAACACUUUAAUUUCAUCAACGUUCUUUGUUUCAGAGCUAUGAUUUUUUUUUGCAAAGUACUCACCAUCUUCCAUCUUGAUAACUUUGGUUAAGGUUAAAUUUGAUAGGGUUUUAUUUUUAUUUUUGUUAUUCCACUAGAAUGUAAAGAAAAGAAUUGCUUAGAAACUCCAUUUUUGUAAUAACCCAAUUUCAAUAAAUUCUUAAAUAUAUGUAGAAUUUUAAAGGAAACUAAACAUUUUAUCUGAUUUAGGCUGAAACUGUACAUCGUUGUUUUGGGAAAUAAAGAGUAGAAAAAUCCCUUACGAAAAAAAAGAGAAAAGCCCUCUAUGAAACAUUCCAUAAUCCACGUUUUAAGAAUAUCCAAAGUCCCUGUCAGGCAUUCUGUAUGUUUAUGUUGAUCAUUUCCAAACAAGAAAGAAGGUUUUUACAUGCCACCUAGAAUGUUACUGACUCUUGACUUUGAACAUUGUUGGCCUUAAUUAAGUAUGCAAGGAAUGAAAUAUUUCUCACCUAGGAUUGUACUUUCAUCAUUUCUAAUAUUUCACAUAUCAUCAAACAAAAGGGUUCUCACUUUUCUCCAUUUAUUUUCAGUGAUAGAAAUCCUCCCUCUCUUCAUGACUCAGCCCUAAAACUAACUAAAGAUGGCCACAUUUAGGACAGUAGUAGAGGCAGCUUAAUAAUGGGACAUAAAUUUUAAAAUUUGUUGGUAAUUUGGGAAUUCAGGUAAUUCAGAAUGUCCUUUUUUUAAAAAAAAUAAAAGCAUUACUAGGUUCCCAAGCUAAUCUGGCUUAACCAACAAUGCAUCUAAACAUUGGUGUUAACAUUAUUUGUUUACAUCCAAGGCCAGGGAGUUGAGAACAGGAGAGUUGGAGGAAGGGGAGAGAAUAGGGAGAGGAUGACACCUUUCUGACUUGACUGGAGGGUCAACCUUUGAUUAAAGUUGGAAGAAAUCAGUCUCUCUUUGACUCCUCUCAAUCUUGAUUUAUCUCCCUGAGUAACACUCCCCUGGCUCCUCCUAAUCAGAAGUCAUCUCUCAGUGUCUGAUCACUGCCCUUCACACCUGACUAAAAUCAUGGGUUGGACAGUACUUGCUAAAUUAUGCAGUUAAUCCUAUGGUGCUUUAAUUUCCA